AAAAAAUCUUCAUUUUCCGGAAGGCUCUUCGAUUUUUCAUCAAAUAUCAAAGAAAAAAAGCAAUAAAUGUGAACAAAAAUCAUGUCGUCAGAAUCCAAACCAGUUGGACAAGAUAUUGACAGCAAAAUUCGCACAAUUGACGUCGAAAUCGACCGAAAUGUCUCCUUUGAGCAACUCAUGUUGAGUCCUUCGAUCAUUGCCGGUUUGACUCGCAAUAAUUUCAUCUACCCUUCGCCGAUUCAGUUAAAAGCCAUUCCUCUUGCUCGUUGCGGCAAAGAUUUAUUCGUUCAAGCAAAAUCCGGCACCGGAAAAACUUUAGUUUUUGUCGUGGCAAUUCUCGAACGUGCUUUAGAGAAAUCCUUCAACGGCGUUCAAAGCUUGGUCGUUGUCCCGACACGAGAAAUUGCGCUCCAAAUCGUUUCUGUGAUCGAAGCUGUCGCCAAAAACGUUCAAAAUUUCAGCGUCGUUCCCUGCAUUGGCGGCACAGAAAUUCUAAAAGAUCGUCAGAAGAUCGCCAAUGCUCGUUGUUGCGUCGGAACUCCCGGUCGAGUGCUUCAUUUGAUCCGAAAUCGAACUUUGAACCCGGAAACCAUCAAAUUAGUCGUUCUCGACGAAGCGGAUAAGCUCUUAGCUGACUCGUUUUCCGCUGACGUGCGUGAAAUCAUGAAAAGUGCCGCAAAAAGGGAGCAAACUUUGAUUGUGACAGCAACUUUGGACCAAAAAGCGCAAAAUGAGUUCCUUGUUUUCAUGAAAAAUCCGCUCGGCGUGACUCCGAAGAAGGAAGCUCCCAUUCUGGUUGGUAUUACGCAAUUUAUUUAUCAACUUCCGAAGAUGGAAAAUGUCGUCGAAGAGAUGCAAAAGAAGCUGGAAGCUCUUGUAAAGGUUUUACCUGUCGAUUACAACCAAUGCCUAAUUUUCACAAAUUCCCAAAGUCGUGCGGAAAGUUUCGCCAACGGAUUGCACGAAAAAGGCUUUUUAGCGGAAUUUAUUUCGGGAGCUCUUGAUCAAAAUACUCGAACAAAGGUUUUUGAAAGAAUUCAACAAUCCCCAAACUGUCGAAUUAUAGUGACAACUGACUUGUUAGCUCGCGGAAUCGACGCCGAACGCGUUAAUUUGGUUGUAAACAUGGAAUUACCUCCGGAUCAGUUCUGUUAUUUGCAUCGCAUAGGCAGAGCAGGCAGAUUUGGGUCCCUUGGCACAGCAAUAACAUUCGCUUCAGUCGGAGAAGAGCUCCUGAAAUUCCGUAGCGUGUUGUACGACGAAGAAUAUCCCGUUUUCAAGGUCAUUCCGGGCGAAGAAGACAAGUUAGCGAAGGCUAUUGAGGAUAAAGACGUCGAAAAAGUGUUUGAACCCUUGGUUAAAGUCAAUGAAAAGAUGGAAAAAAGCUCCCAAGAAAAUGUUUCAGAAGAAAUUUCCAUUAAAAAAGACGAAAAACCAUCAAACGUUGACGAUUCAAGCUCAAAACUGAAAAAUAUCUUCAACUUAUACGAAGAUUUCAUACUAAAAGGAGCAAAAGUCGACCCAGAAACCGAAGAAAUCCUUUCAAAAGUACCCAAACCUGUGAUUAAUACUUCCAACAACAUUUUUCUACAAAAAAUAGUUGAGCUGAAUCUCUAUGGAGACGAUGAAAAAAUCGAACCCCACAAAAAUCUCGAGGAUAGUCCAACAAAAAGUGAUGAUUCAACCAAAUCCAUUAAAGAUUCAAGCACUACUACCGACGAUUUGCAAGAAAGUGACAUAAAUGCCGAAUUAAAUGAUGAUAACUUAAAUACAGAAUCCAUUAACGAUCGAGUCGAUGCCUUUUUGGAGAACUUGGAUAACGUUUCUCAAGACAUCCCGGCUUCACAGGGUUCUGUUACGAGCGGAAAAACUUAUACAGUUACCCAACGCGGUUUUGACGACGAUCAAAGUUCAUCAUCAUCUGAAACAGAAACUAAUUCAACGGCAUCCAAUCGGGGAUCACCUUCGUAUCAAUAUGGCAUCGAUGAUGAUAGUAACAGUGAGACUGAAGACGAAGACGAUGAAGAUUUGGAAGAUGAAGAAGAAUUCUUUGAAGCUACAGAUCAUCAUCCAACUCAAAAUUCUCAUAAAGUACAUCAAAGUAACUCAGCAAUGUCCUUUCACUCAAAUCGCCAAGCCUACAAUCGCUGGACCGCAAUGUAUUGGAGUCAAGCAUCACAAAUUGCUGACUACGUUAACCAUUGGCGAUUCGUUCAGAAUCAGGGAUAUUAAAAAGUCAAUUUACUGUGAGACUCGUAAAAAAAUGUAUUUAAAAUACUUGAGUUAAGUGCGUUUUUUAAAAAAAAGAGUAAAUUAAAUUAACCAUCCACUCACGGAUGACAUUGCAUCUUUUAGUCGAAAAAAAAAAUGCCAAACUCACUUGCUUAGACAUGUACAAUAAAUAACAACAAUUAAAUUAAA